AUGACCUCCCGGCCCCCAUUGGGCGUGCAGCAACCGCGACCGCCCCAACAUCAACACACCCACAAGCUGCCCACGUCGAGUCUGUCGCAGCGCUCGGCGCCUCAUCAGCACCAGCAUCAACAUCAACACUAUCUCCAACACCAGCAGCAACGCGUGCUCGCCCAGCAGCCACCGCCGCAGCAGCCUCUUCCACACCAAGCGCUUCAACAACAUGCCUACCCGCUGCAACAACACGCACACUUCCCCCCGCAAUCGCAGUCGCCCGUGCGUCGAGACGUCAACGGCUAUGAUCUGACGACGACCCCAGACUUCGGUGAUGGCGCCGCCGCCAUGCCCUCUCGUCAAACCCUCCAUCGCCGGCCCGGGUCGCGUCUCAAGCUCGAGAUCUACAACAGCGACCCGGCCGACCCCACGGCCGCAUCGACCAUCCUACACGACACAUCGCUGACAGAAUCCCCGAGCUGCGUUGCCGACUCGAAGCCCUUUACCCCCUCGCGCAUCAUGCCCCCCAUGGAUCCGUCCGAGAUGGGCGACAUGAGCCCGGAUCCGUCCACACACAUGCACACAGCCGAUCUUGAUGCCCCUCUGCCCAUGCCCGCUCGUCCGGCGCGCAUCAAUACCGUCCUGCCUCAACGACCAGCCGCGCAACCGCCGGCGGCCUCGAACACUACCAGCAAGAAGGACAGCCGCCCAAAGCCCUUCACCGUCGAGCCGCCGGCCGCAGCACCGAGCUACCCUGUGCGCGGUAACGACCAGCAAAAGACGACCGUCGCAUACGCAGACUUCUUCCCCUGGACGGGCAACGGACCGGAGGAUCAGUUCUCGGAACACGUGAUCCGCAACGGCUACUACGACAAGGGCAUCUUCUCGACGGCCGAGACACAGUCCGCGAAGGCGACGCUCUUCCCGGCACUGAAGCACAAGACAGGUCUGACGGCGCUGUCGUCGGUCUUUGCGGCAGUACUUGGGCAGCGCCGGCAUAACGGACAGAUCACGACCCCGUCCACGUUCAAACCCCCGCCGCGCGUGACGCUGACGGAUACCAAGCGCGAGCUGUGGCUUAAGGAUCUUGCCAAUCCGGCUAUUUCGCUGCGCCGCCUGAGCCGGACGAUUCCCCAUGGUAUUCGCGGCAAGGUGCUGUUGGAGCAAUGUCUGAAUAAGAAUGUGCCUACGGACCGCGCCGUUUGGUUGAUCAAAUGCGUCGGGGCGAACGAGAUCCGCGCUACCAAGCGAAAGGGCGUGGGCACGCUCGUCGUGGGCGGCGAGUCCCGCUGGAUCAAGGACUGGACGAUAUCGGUCGAACAGUUCAUCGAGCAGGUGUAUUUCGGGUUCGACGAAGAUGACUGGAAGGCUAAGGUGCACUAUACCACGCGUCUGGCCGCGCAUUUGUAUGCCGAGCAUCUGUUGGAUCGGGAACACUAUUCGGAGUGGCUUGUUUCGAGCCUGGAGAACAGUUCGGAGGCCAGGCUGCCGAUGUGGAUGCUUCUGACGCAGCUGUACUGGAGCGACCUGCUCAAGCUUCGCAAGUACGGCCGCCGGCUGGUUACGGCGCUGAUUAGCCACCAUCACUUGAUAUAUAACCACCCUGAUCGCGAUAUUCUCAAUCCCCUUCUCAAGACCCUAACCGACUGUCUUAAUACCCUUAUCCUGAGCAGUCCCGAGAACUUUGUCUGCCCCGCCGCGUGGAUCAAGUACCGCGAUGCGCUUCAGGCGUGUCUGCCCGCCGGUGACGAGGCCCGACGCAACUCGUUCGAAGCCAUCAACCUCCGCAACGAACAGCUCGCCGCAUCGGCCAACCGUUCCCAGCCCGCUGCCCGCCACAUCCUGGUGGGCAUGCUAGACGGGACCCUGCACGCUCCCAUGCCAUCCGACCUGCCCUCGCAGUGCUGGAGCGUUUCUCAAGACAAACCAGCCCUAGCCCGGGCCCUGCUCGAAUGGUGUACCUCCCUCUACCGCCCCGGCCUGGCCAAGGUGUAUGUCACGAGCAAGAUCCUACAGCAUUGGAGCACACUCGGCUUCGACGUCACCCUUGCCGUCCUCGAUUUUCUUUGUGACGAUCCCCUCGAGGAACAGCCCCGCAAGAAUGCUCUUUACCAUUUGGUCUGCGAGCUCGUCCGGGCGUCGCUGUUCGCAGUGUCGAGAUACAUCCGUUGGCUGAUGGGCCGUGGAGGGGUUCGGCGGCCGGAGCAAGUUGCCCCUGACGGGCCGGCUGCGACGAGGCUGCUUGCUGAGAUGCCUCCUUGUGUGCUGACCUCAUCGGAACGAAAUCUUCGGAGUGGUAUCCUCAGACGUGCGUCGUAUAGUGUCGCUGAUGAGGCGGAGAACACGGUUGUUGCGAUUAAGCAUCUGCGAUAUACCUUUGGCAUGCCCAUGCCAGAUGUGCAGCCGAAUGAUCCCAUCUUUCAGCGGCCGCCUAUGGCUAUGGCCAAGCUUACGAAGAGGAUUUCUAAAGCGAGUCGCACGUUGAAGGGGGAGGUCGGGAGCUGGCUUCGGGCGAGUCUGGCUUCUUCUUCUUCUUCUUCUUCUUCUUCUUCUUCUUCUUUUUCUUCUUCUACGGGAGACAAGGAGAAAGGGGGCCCACAGCUACCUGAUGUCUCACCCUCCGUCUUCUACGGCAUGCGCUCCGUUCUUGAGGCUGCCGAGGACUUUACCAUACUGGCGGAUGUCCUCAAGACGCUUACCAAGCACUGCACCGUUGAUAUUCUCCCCGCUAUCGCCGACACCGUCAACAGACAUUUUUUCAUCUUCUCUGCCCUCGACGCCGCAUCACCAAUCUUCCUCGCCCUCCACCAGCGCUUCAAGACUACCGCCGUCCGCGAGCAGGGUAUCACCCUCCGCCCUUUACUCGUCUCGUUAGUGUCGUUAGGAGCAAGAAUCCCCGGCAUGGAGGAUGUUGUUGCACGGCUCAAGAAAGACCUUGCCCUCACCGACCGCCACAACCCUGUCGACGCCUGCUCCCCGGUCUCGGAUAACAUGGUCUCGCGCCUGCAACAACAACAACAACAACAACAACAACAACAACAACAACAACAACAACAACAACAACAACAACAACAACAACAACAACAACAACAACAACAACAACAACAGCAGCAGCAGCAGCAGCAGCAGCAGCAGCAGCAGCAGCAGCAGCAGCAGCAGCAGCAGCAGCAGCAGCAGCAGCAGCAGCAACAGCAGCAGGAUGAUGCUUCUGACCUGCACGACGAGAUUGAGAAGCUGCUUGCGGGUGGAUCCAGUCUGGAUAGGAAUACGAUGGAGCGGUUGUUCCAAACGAUUGUGCAAAGGCUGCAGGCUGCGUGGGGGGGGGCCGCAGCAACCAAGCAGCGGGCUUAUAGUACGCUGUUGGGCAGGCUGAGGGCGUUUGAUGCGCAAUGUUUUGACGGGUUGAUGGUAAAGUGGUUGAUGUACCUCAGAGCGUUGGGGAGCAGGCCGAGUGUGCUCAGGAUUUUUCCUCUGCUCGUGUCGGUGGGGUGUUUGGAGUUCGGGACGAUACUGGCUACGGCGUCAGAGUUUCCUACUGCUGGCGCUGGACAACAACGGGUCCCUGUCCCGCCUCCAGCUACGCUUGCGGGGGGCGUACCCCAGGUUGUGCAGAUUACGUACCGGACGAGGUACAUGCAGCAGGUUUUGAUGCUACUCACGGCCCCGGUCCCGCAGGACGAUCUACUUACUGCCGACGAAGCCUACCGCUUCCUCGUGCUCCAAGACCAAGCCGUCCGCGACUCGCCCAAGGAAGUCCUCAACCUGAUCUUCCUUGCUCUCGCAGAGUACUCGUACGCCCGCGCACAAAAUGACCUUGAAGGCCUCCCCCUCGACGCAGAUUACGUCCAGGAGCUGCUGUUCGAAUUACUGAAAAGGCUCGUCCUGCGCGACGCAACGGGCGUUGCGCGCGCGCUGAGCGUCAGGAGUACAAAUCCGCAGGUCAUGGCUCGCAUUGACUGGAUGACGACCAAGUUGUUGAUUCCGACCGCGGCAGCACCCCAGACGACGCGGGUCUCGUUUGAGCAGGUGCUAGAGCUGACCAACGAGUUUACGCUACCGUUUUGUCAGGUUAAGCUUGCGCUCGCGUUGAGUCUGAGCAACAACAACAACAACAACAACAACAACACUACUACUACUACUACUGGAGAGGAUGGGCAGGAGCAGCAAACGUCGCAUGUGGAAUUGUUGGCCAAUGCGAUGGAUAAGGCGAUUGCCGCGGGGAAUGUGGCUUGGGUUGGGAUGCUCAGCUCGCUCAGUCCAGAUAUUACGCAGCAUUUGAAAGCUAGGGCGCAGAGCAGGUUUUUGGAGUUGUUGCCUUCGCCGCCGGGGAAGGCUACGGGUUCUUCGGGGAGAGUUGCUGCGGACCAGGCGUCGCUGGAGCAGAAUCUGCGCAUGGCUGAGAAUUUGCUCUCCGUUAUGGACGCCAUCAUGCGCGGCGGCAGCAACGCUACCAGUCCCAUCCCCCCGGGCGGCAGCCCCCGUCAAGCACAGCUUUCUCCUGCCGUAGUCGACAAGCUGGUCGACUUAUGGGAGAUCCUCGCCUCCCCGACCUCCCAACCCCAAGACACCAAAUCGGAAGACACACCCAUGGGCAACACGCCCACAGUCGGAGUCGACCCCGAAACCAAGGCCUCUCUCCUUCUCUAUCACCUCCCCCUCCUCCUCAACCUCCUCACCCUGCACAACAACACCCAAUCCUCCCUCGAUUUCUCCCGCCAACCCGCCGACCUCCGCGCCAAGCUGCUCAUCGCCUGCGCCGGCAUCCUGCAUCUCCUUGAUCACGCCGUCGACCUCUUCGAACUCUCUCGCCCUCCUGGCCCGGAUAACUCCGCAUCAUCGUCGACGGGGGUUAUUCAUCCCCUCCCGGCGGAGGGGGAGUUACCCGCGGAACUAGCCUUCCCACACCCGGCGCAACACGGCACCGUUGGGGGGCAUGACCAGGGACAGGAUAGGCAGGAGAAACAUACCGCGUUGGCACGCGCCGUGGCGAACCUCUCAAGGAGGGUGUUUGACCUCGCGUGUCUGCUGGCAGAUAACCUGCCUGAGGAGGCCAGACUGACGUGUGUGAGAGCUGUUGGCUCGGGAGGAGUGUUGGCACUGGAUGGGCGGUUGAGGUAUGUAUUGAGUGUGCCGUGGGGCGUGGGGUUUGAUGUGGGUGUUGCGGGGCUGCAAUCCGGGGGGCAGCAACAAGGUCAGGGGGAUGGGGCAGGGUCGGUGUUUACCGCUGGUGGUAGUGGGGGAGGCGGGAUGGGGAUCGGGUUUGGUGGUUCAGGGGGAGGGCUGGUGCUUUGUCAUCGGGACAGCGGUGGUGCCAAACCUUCCUCUUCUGCUUCUGCUCCUCCUGGCACGCGCAACCCUACUAUUAACAAUAAUACCAAUCCCAACUCCCACUCCCACUCCCACUCCAACUCCAACUCCAACUCCAACUCCAACAUCUCUGGCACCGGAACAGGAACGGGAAGCAUGUGCGUCCUCCUCGGCACGCCUAUCUCCCUGUGGGGGCUCGAUCGUCCCGGUGGUGCGGCCACGGAACGGUUCAGCGUGUUUCAUUUCCGUCGGUGGGAAGCGCUUAGUGAGCCGACGCCGGUGGUCGGGGAGAACGAUACGGCGCUGAGUUUGGGGUUGUUUGAGGCUAGGAAGGUGUAG